AUGAGACCAACCACAAGCCACAGUUUCCAGCACGACGCUCAUCACCAUAAUUACAAUCAGGAAGCGACGAGGAGAUCGAGCGCCGUUAAUUGCCCUCCGCCGUUGAAAGUCAACAAGGACUCCCGCGCCAUCAUCAAGACGUCAUCCUCCGCCUCCUCCCUCGCCGUCGCCGGCUCCGCCAAACCGCCGCCGCAGCGCCACCCGGUCAUAAUAUACACCCAUUCCCCCAAAGUCAUCCACACCCACCCCAGGGAUUUCAUGGCCUUGGUCCAGAAGCUCACCGGCCUCUCCCGCUCCGACCAAGACCCUGCCGCCGACCCUUCUCCCUCGUCCUCUCAGGGGGAGAAUCACAAUAUUAUUAAUAAUAGCAACAACAAGAUCGGCGGCGGGGGCGAGAACGAGGAUAACGAAUCUUCGUCGGUGAUUACGGAGGAGAACUGCGGCGACGGACAGCAGGCGAAUUCCUCGUCGAAUACCUUUGUGCCUUCUUCGAUUUUCGAAUCUCCGCCGCCGAACCCCUACCACCAGCUGACGACGAACAUGCCGGUGUUUCCCCCGUCAGGCUCGGCCGGCGAUCGUCAUCUCUAUUGUGGGACCCCCAAUCCGGCGCCGUUCUUUAACUACACGGAUCCUUUGUUUUUCGGGACGCCCAGUUUCAGGAACUUGGACGCCAUUAAUGAUCACUUUCGUGACUUCUGA